GGAGCAGGAGCAACAACAACAACAACAACAGCAGCAGCAGCAACAGCCAGGAUGUCGAAUCAGCUCCCAGCUGUAGCCAACCUACCUGAGACCGAGCGGGAGGAGCGAGUCUGUGCGGCCGUAGCAGCUGGACGGAAUGGACCCGGAUUUGCCGGACUGCCUCCCUUGCUGUGCAACGGGCGCUCGAGCGGCUGUCGGUGUCAGGACACGGUGUAGGGCCAGCGCUGUCCCGCUGGGGCAAUGAUAACGUGAAAGCCCGAGUAAGGCAUCUCACCGGAUCUUUUACCCCGUGGGUCUCUCACAAAGAGAAGUUACUGAAAAAUGAACGACGGCGAGGGGCGCGGCGGCGGCACCGGCACCGGAGGAGGGGAGGGGUCAGCCGUGCAGAUCCCCAUCGGCUGGGAGCGAAGGCUCGAUCAGGAGAGGGUGGCGUACGUCAGCCCGAGCGGUACUGUCCUCUACUCUGUGGAGCAGGUGAAGAUGUACCUCUUAACCGAAGGAGCUUGCAAGUGUGGCCUGGAGUGCCCUCUGAUACUGCACAAGGUGUUUAGCUUCGAUCCGGCAGCAGCAGUUAAACACAGGACCACCGAAGAUGUCAAAGCGGACGAGGAUGUCACGAAACUCUGCAACCACAAAAGGAAAAUCAUUGCCAUGGCAACACUUCACAAAAGCAUGGAGUCGGCUCAUCCGAUGGCAUUUACGCCCAGCAGCCCCACAGCUGCAGGGAAGUGCAGCAAGUUCCCGGCCGGCUCUCCUUCGGCAGCGACGACGGCGGUGGGCAAGGCGCCCCCGGCCCUCGGGUCCGAGCGCAAGAGUGCCUUCCUCCCCCCGAGCCCGGCGGCGAGACCCUUCCGGCCGGACCGCCACCCCUGGCAGACCCCCGCCCGCUCGCCGAGGCUGGAAACCCAGCCGCCGGCGCCGGCCCCGUGCCCAGAGCUGCCGCCGGGCUCCGCUCGCCCGCCCCCCUCGCCCCACCGGGACCCGGCGGCGCCUCUCCUCCCCGCGGCUCGCCCCACCCCGGCGAGCUGCUCCCUCGGCCCCCAGCGCCCGGGACCGGCGAGCGCCGGCGGCCGGGCGUCGUGGUCGCCGCGGGACUUGAGGGCCCCCGCCGAGUUGGGGGUCUGCCCCUCCCUGCCCCCCUGCGCCGCCCCCACCACCACCACCACCACCAACACCACCACCACCACCACCACCACCUCCUCCUCCUGCUCCAGGUCACCGCGGACCCUGAGCUCCCCGGCGUCCCCUCUGCCGCCCAGCCUGAUAGGGCCGCUCUGGCCAUGCCACGACCCGGUCAGCCCCAUCUCCUCCUCCUCCUCCUCCUCCUCCUCCUCCCCCACCUCCUCCUCCCCCACCUCCUCCUCCUCCUCCUCCUCGGCGAGUGGCCACCGCAGCCGGCCGGCCGAGCCCCCGCCGCCCCCCAGCCUCCUCGGCGUGCCUUUAAGCCAGAUCCUCGGCCACCCCGGCGCGGCCUUCUUCCCAGCCAGCAGCCUCCUCUCCGCCGCGGCCAAAGCCCAGCUGGCCAGCCAGGGCGGGGCCAGGGGGGCCGCGGCCGGAGCCACCAGCACUUUACCCCCCGGCGGCCCCCGCUCCCGGGAGCCGUGCCGCCGCCGCCGGCGGCCUGCGCCGCCCACUGUGCUCAGCCUGCUGAGAGACGCGCAGGCCGACGGCCCCCGCCCCUCCCCGGCGCCCCCUCCCCCUCCCCCUCCCCUGCCCGCCACGGUCGCCAGCGCCGACAGCCGCCCGCUGGGCCCGGGCCGCCUCCUGAUGGACGUGCUGACACCCCGGGGCCGGUUGACUCAGCUCGAGGCGCCGCCGGCGAGGGUCCCGGCGCCCACCCUGCUGGUUGUGCCCAGCAGCCUCCAGAACGUCGCCAGUCGCGGUGAGCUCGGUGCGUCCGCCUGCGGGGCUUCUCUGUCCGGUUCGCUGAACCUGGGUCAGCCUCUGACCGCCGGCAUCUGCGGCUGCCCCGCUCCCCCCCAGGACCCGGCGCCGGGCCAGCGGGCUGCGGGGGAGGACCCCUGCCGGGCCCCGGGAGCCCCCCCGGGCCAGCCGGACGGCGGAGGUGCGGCCGGAGCGCCACGCAGCCCCCCGAGGAGCGGCCAGCCGGAGGAGGAGGAGGAGGAGGAGGACGAGUCCGGGCUCUGCCAAGGCCAGGACGUGGCGGAGGAGGCCUCCUGGCGGUGCGGCGCCGGCGCCGGCGGCUCGCUGGCCAACGGCGAGGUCUCAGGGCACAACGGCACCGCGGACGGACCCGGGGGCGCCGGCUGGGAGUGCGUGAACGGACGGUGCGGGCCCGGGGCCGGCUCAGGAGGGCCGGCGGGGCUCCACAGGCUCGGCACGUCGGGCCCCCAGCCGGGCCAGCCGAACGGCUUCCCCCCGCGGCCAGGCAAGCGAGGGGGCCAGGGCAACGCACAGCACCCCAGUCUGGGGAAGGCAGCGCAAGACAAGGUGACCCCGGACGCUGUGCGAACGCUGCCUGGAACACUCGACAGCCCCCACAGAACCAGAAAAAGAAGCAGAAACACUCCCAAAAUGAGCAACACUCUGGAAGUUGCCUUGCAGGAGGCGAUGAUGGAACUGGACCAAAUAACAGCCAAUGCUAGCCAACGCACUCCGAAAGUCAAACUACGGAAGCCACUUAGAAGCAAGCAGCGAAAAGUCAUCCGGUGACGAAGGCCUCCAGGGCAGAGGAGGAGAGUGUUGGAUGCGCGAGGUCGUCUGGGAAAACAUGUUUUUAUAUAUAUAUAUAUUAUAUAUAUAUUAUAUAUAUUUUUAAUUUUA